AUGUUAGACAUCAACGCAUUUAUAGUUGAGAAAGGUGGAGAUCCAGAAAAGAUCAAGGUCUCACAAAAGAAAAGAGGCGCAUCGGUAGAAUUAGUUGAUGAGAUCAUUAGUGAUUACAAAGACUGGGUCAAGAUUAGAUUCGACUUGGAUGAGCACAACAAGAAGUUAAAUGCAGUUCAGAAACAAAUCGGUCAAAAAUUCAAAGCUAAAGAAGACCCAGCUGAUUUGCUCAAGGAGAAAGAACAAUUGACUGAAGAAAAGAAGCAGCUCAUAGAACGUGAAGCUAACACCGAUAAGGAAUUGAGAAACAAAGUUAAUCAAAUUGGGAACUUGGUUCAUGACUCGGUUGUUGACUCGAUGGACGAGGCCAACAAUGAAUUGAUCAAAACUUGGAAGCCUGAGGGAUACAAAGAGCCUGCACAAGUUGCUGCAGGUUCUAAUGCACCAGCUAGUUUAUCGCAUCACGAAGUAUUGUUGCGUUUAGAUGGCUAUGAUCCUGAGAGAGGUGUUAGAAUUGUUGGACACAGAGGAUACUUUUUGAGAAAUUAUGGUGUUUUUCUUAACCAAGCAUUGAUCAACUACGGACUUUCAUUCUUGUCGAAAAAGGGCUAUGUUCCAUUGCAAGCACCAGUGAUGAUGAAUAAAGAAGUUAUGGCUAAAACCGCCCAGUUGUCCCAAUUCGAUGAGGAGCUUUACAAAGUCAUUGAUGGAGAAGAUGAAAAGUACCUUAUUGCCACUUCUGAACAACCAAUUAGUGCUUAUCAUGCUGGAGAAUGGUUUGAAAAACCACAAGAACAAUUGCCAAUUAGAUAUGCUGGUUACUCUUCAUGCUUCAGAAGGGAGGCUGGUUCUCAUGGUAAAGAUGCAUGGGGUAUUUUCCGUGUCCACGCAUUUGAGAAGAUUGAACAAUUCGUAUUGACUGAACCAGAAAAAUCUUGGGAAGAAUUCGAUAGAAUGAUUGGAGCAUCUGAGGAAUUUUACCAAUCUUUGGGAUUACCAUACCGAGUUGUUGGUAUUGUUUCAGGAGAGUUGAAUAACGCUGCUGCCAAGAAGUUUGAUUUAGAAGCAUGGUUCCCAUUUCAAAAGGAAUACAAGGAAUUGGUUUCUUGUUCAAAUUGUACUGAUUAUCAAUCAAGAAACUUGGAAAUCAGAUGUGGUAUUAAGCAACAAAAUCAAACUGAAAAGAAGUACGUUCAUUGUCUUAAUUCUACCUUGAGUGCUACUGAGAGAACAAUUUGCUGUAUUUUGGAAAAUUACCAACGUGAAGAUGGUUUGGUUGUUCCUGAAGUUUUGAGAAAAUACAUCCCUGGUGAACCUGAGUUUAUUCCUUACAUCAAGGAGUUGCCAAAGAAUUCAACCUCUCAAAAGAGAAAGUAG